AUGGUGGCAGAAAAAGAGACCCUGAGCUUAAACAAAUGCCCAGACAAGAUGCCGAAGAGGACCAAGCUGCUAGCACAACAACCGCUCCCGGUGCACCAGCCUCACUCCCUGAUUUCUGAGGGCUUCACAGUCAAAGCCAUGAUGAAAAACUCAGUCGUGAGAGGCCCUCCAGCUGCAGGGGCAUUUAAAGAAAGACCAACCAAGCCCACAGCCUUUCGAAAAUUUUAUGAGAGAGGAGACUUCCCAAUUGCCCUUGAGCAUGAUUCGAAAGGAAACAAAAUAGCCUGGAAGGUAGAAAUUGAGAAGCUGGAUUACCAUCAUUAUCUGCCUCUGUUUUUUGAUGGGCUUUGUGAAAUGACAUUUCCCUAUGAGUUUUUUGCUCGGCAAGGAAUCCACGACAUGCUGGAACACGGGGGGAACAAGAUUCUACCUGUCAUUCCACAGCUCAUUAUCCCGAUAAAAAAUGCUUUGAACCUCCGAAACCGACAGGUCAUCUGCGUCACUCUCAAAGUCCUCCAGCAUCUGGUGGUGUCAGCGGAGAUGGUCGGUGAGGCUUUGGUGCCUUAUUACCGCCAAAUCCUCCCCAUCCUGAACAUCUUCAAGAACAUGAACAUUAACUCCGGAGAUGGCAUCGACUACAGCCAGCAGAAGAGAGAGAACAUCGGCGACCUGAUCCAGGAGACGCUGGAAGCCUUUGAGCGCUAUGGAGGAGAAGACGCUUUCAUCAACAUUAAGUACAUGGUUCCAACCUACGAGUCGUGCUUGCUGAACUGA